AUGCAUACGGUGAUUUUCAGUGAGGGAACUAAUGAAAUAUUGACGGUCUCUCUUGUCAUAAGGGUUCGUGAAGCGGUCUUCCAACAGAUACAUAUAUCGUUACCUACACGAACUAUUCAAGCUGCUUUAGAAAAGCUUUUUAAAAGGCACAAGAAAAGACAACAAUGGCUUUCACCGUUUGUGCUUUUCAGCCAUCAUAACGUGUUCUUUCUAUUGACAAAGCCUAAUGGGGACUUCAAGUUCGAUCCUCCUGGUCAGUAUGAAGAUAUAAUGAAGAGGUUAAACCCUUUAUACUACCAAAAAGAAACUAUUCUCUUUUUUUCACAAGGAAAUUAAUUCCCAUUGUUGACCGCGAGAAGGUACUUCCGCAAGUAAGGGGAAGAGCUCGGGAUGAUGGCAUGGCACACACCACAGCUUCAGUUUUAUCCUGGUAGUUUUAUUCAGAUAUUUCGAUAUGACUGAUACAGUAUUUGUUUUGACACAAUUACUUGACUUUUGAGUUACUCAUUCUAUGGUUCUUAGUAUGUAUGACAUUGGAUGAUGUGAUUUUAGUAAUAUUAAAACAAAAAUUUUUGGGUC